AUUCCAGACCCACGUGCACUCAUAACCUGUAACAAAUACGUCCAACAGGGGGCAGCAUACACCAUCAAACCGAUCCCUGCCAACUCAGUUACCGUUGUCACAUCCAUCCAUACAUACAUAAAUACAUCAUCCAUCCAUACAUACAUACAUCCAUCUAUCCAUACAUCCAUCAUCCAUCCAUCCAUCUAUCCAUACAUCCAUCAUCCAUCCAUCCAUCCAUACAUACAUCCAUCAUCCAUCCAUCCAUACAUACAUACAUACAUCCAUCAUCCAUACAUCCAUCUAUCCAUACAUCCAUCAUCCAUCCAUCCAUCCAUCCAUCCAUACAUCCAUCAUCCAUCCAUACAUACAUACAUCCAUCCAUCCAUCAUCCAUACAUCCAUCUAUCCAUACAUCCAUCUAUCCAUACAUCCAUCAUCCAUCCAUCAUCCAUCCAUCCAUACAUACAUCCAUCAUCCAUACAUACAUACAUACAUACAUCCAUCCAUCAUCCAUACAUCCAUCUAUCCAUACAUCCAUCAAUCCAUCAUCCAUCCAUCAUCCAUCCAUCCAUACAUCCAUACAUACAUCCAUCCAUCAUCCAUACAUACAUACAUACAUACAUACAUACAUCCAUCAUCCAUCCAUACAUCAUCCAUCCAUCAUCCAUCCAUCCAUCCAUCAUCCAUCCAUCAUCCAUACAUCCAUCUAUCCAUACAUCCAUCAAUCCAUCAUCCAUCCAUCCAUCCAUCAUCCAUCCAUCAUCCAUACAUCCAUCUAUCCAUCCAUCCAUCCAUACAUCCAUACAUACAUCCAUACAUACAUCCAUCCAUCAUCCAUCCAUCCAUACAUACAUACAUCCAUACAUCCAUCUAUCCAUACAUCCAUCAAUCCAUCAUCCAUCCAUCCAUCAUCCAUACAUCCAUCUAUCCAUACAUCCAUCAAUCCAUCAUCCAUCCAUCCAUCCAUACAUCCAUCCAUCAUCCAUCAAUCCAUCCAUACAUCAUCCAUACAUCCAUCCAUCCAUCAUCCAUACAUCCAUCCAUCCAUCAUCCAUACAUCCAUCCAUCAUCCAUCCAUCCAACUUUUUCUGUGCUGCUUAUCCUAACUAGGGUCCCACGGGGUAUGCUGGAGCCUAUCCCAGCUGACUUCGGGCAAGAAGUGGCGUACUGGACUGGUCACCAUGCAUGUUUUUUUGGAAUGUGGGAGGAAACCGGAGUACCUGGAGAAAUCCCACACCCUCUUUGGCCCUUGAAGGCACCAUGACAUGACAUGCUCACCUGGGUUCAAUUAGUCAAUCAUUAAGGAAGAGGCUAUGUAAGCUGCUGACUUCAUGGUCCUCAGUUGCGUGGGAAGAGAAGAUACGGACGUCAACUGCAGGCCACGUGUCCUGCCUGUGGGACCGAAUCCACUGAUUGUGAGCUCGGAAGCAAGGCCAGGAGCCUGGACAUCCAUACCCGUGGCCUGAAGAAACGAGUAUCAGGAUCGGAGCUGUAGUUCAUGGAAGACAAGAAAAGGAAAAAAGAAGAAAAAAGGAAAAGGGAAGCCUCACAGAAGGUCACAGAACAAAAGAACAAAGACUUGACCAAACAGGCGUCUGCCCAGCCUCCUGCCACUCAGAGCAGUCCUACCUCCCCCUGCCCUGGACCCACCCCGUCUGCUUCCCCGUCCCCAGCCACUUCAGGCCCUGGCAGCGCUGCCGCCCAAUCACAGGGUGGUAACAAUGCCAAGCGCCUUGCAGUGGCCAACGGACAGCCCACCUCCACCCCCAGUUCUUCCUCCACCACAGGCAGCACAAGUGUUACUGGGAACGGGAAUACAAGUAGCGGAGGUGCGGCCCUGGCACCUCAGCAGCAACCUCGCUAUAUGCCAAGAGAAGUGCCGCCGCGAUUCCGCUGCCAGCAGGACCAUAAAGUGCUACUGAAAAGGGGCCAGCCGCCACUGUCCUCUAUGCUGCUGGGAGGGGGAGGAGGAGGGGAAGGCGUGAAUGCAAACAUAGCUGCUGUCUCAGAUUCCGGUGCAGCUACCUCCUCGUUGGCCCUCACCUCAUCAUCAGUUGCUGCUUCAACCACUACUUCUAAUUAUGCAAAUUCCAUGUGGGGGGCAAGUCUUGGCACCCAGGCCUCCUCUCAGGGCAGGGAGAAGGUGAUUGUAGAUGGGAACGACCUGGAAGAGUGGCCCAGCAUCGGUGGCAGUGAUGGAGGAGGAGCUUCUUUCACUGUAGCUGGAGGAAGCAGCAGCAGCAGCAGCAACAAUGGAAUGCCUGUGAACAGCACUAGUGCCUCUGGCAACCAGUCCUCAUCCACUUCCUUGUUCUCUUUGCCCAAUGAAUGUAUGCAGCCGUCCGGUAGUGUGGCAUGGGGGACGGCUGCCUCCCAGGGCCAUCUUGGAGGAGGAAAUGCAGUAGUUUCAGCCGGGCCUGUGUUACAACAGUCCUCUUCACUUUCCAAAGCCUCCGCUGUGCCAGGAAGCCAUGAUGCCAGUGGCCUCAUUGACGGCAGCAGUGGGAUUCCAGGUGCCAACUUUAAUCCAAAUGCCAAUCCUUCGGCCUGGCCUGCCCUGGUACAACAGGAGGAGCCUGUUGUUGCAGGUGAAGGAGGUUCGUCUUCCUUCCAUCACCAGGGCCCUGGAGGGACCUUAUCUGCCAACAAUUCUGCUUCCGUAGGGCUAAAGGCUGGGUCGGUUGGGGUGCUAGGGGGUCACCAAGCUAUGUCUGUGAAUCAAUCAAGCACCCACCAGCACCAACUUCACCAAAUGCAAUCCAGAGACAGAGACAUGGGAGGGGGGAAGUGGGACAGUGAAUCAGCGGGACCAAAAAUUGCAGGAGAGGAAGGGGUUGUGGGAGGAAUGGGAGGUGCUGGGGUCAAUGUUGGAGACCACAAUCAUUCUUCCUCAUGGAGGGCCCAGCCCUCUUACCCAGCUUCUAACUCCAAAACGGGUGCCUCAAGGACUGAUGGAUGGGAGGGUGGCAUGGGGGGGUACAGAGCUGCUGAGGGGGAUAAUGGGACUUCAGGUUGGGGUUUUCCAGGUCCCUCUCGUGGGGCUAAUGCAUGGGGGAGUGCUGGGACUGGGGGAAAUGAUAGUCAAACUGGGGUAUCUCAGGGAGGGUGGGGGACAUCAGGAGUGGGAGUGGAGAAAGCGAUGUCUAGUGUUGAAUGGGGUGGGAGUUCAUCUGGUACUGGCGGAGCAAAUCCUGGCACAGAAGUCACAGGAGGAGCCUGCAGCAGUAAUAGCAGCAGCAGUGGAUGCAGCACAGCUGGCAAUCCUGUCACCUCAACAUCCACUGCUAUGAACAGAGCUUGGGACAAUCAGAAGGGAGAGGUGGAAACGGGAGAGUGGAGCGAAGGAGGACAGGGAGCACAGGGAGGAUCCAGUGGUGGGAAUUCUAGAAGCGAAAGGGAACCUUACGGCAGUCGUCCUCGACGUCCGCCACCCAAUGCUGAAGCUGCCUUAGAGAGUCUUCUCAGCCGGUCUGAUCUUGAUCCACGGGUCCUGUCCAACACAGGCUGGGGCCAAACGCAGAUCCGACAAAACACAGCUUGGGAUGUGGAUGAUCAAGUGGAACACAAUAAGAGUGCACUGCUAUCAGCUUCGACAAAACACUCAGCUUCUCUGGGAAGUUCUUCUCUAUAUUCCUCUGGAUCCAGAGCCUUAAUCGGAGACUCUAAUGGUCCAGGCGUCAUUCCUCCCUUGGUUUCAUCUGUUGGGUCCUCUGGAGAGGGCUGGGAGACCAGCAGCAGCAGUAGCAGCAGUGGUGGGACUUCUCUAUCUGGCAGAGGCCCACCUCCUUCGGGCCCCAACAUGAGUAAUCUUGGCGUCUCGCAAUCGGGUCCAGUGAUCGCAACUUGUACUGGUGUUGGAUCAGGAUCACUGGGACAUAACCAGCAAGGGAAGGCUACAGGCUGGGGUGGAGCAGGGAUGGCAGCUGUGGAUAAUCAGGAGUCCAAAAGUUGGGGUAAUGAGGAAUGGAGAGCCAAUAGAGGAAAUGGAGGCAGUUGGGAUGGUCUCAGGCAACAAGGCAGCCCUGUAAGUGCGGGCUGGGGAGGAAAUGAAGAGAAAGGAGCUCUUGGGUGGAAAGAAAUGGGUGGGGAAGGACAAGGAAGUGAGUGGGGGUCAAGGCAGAAGGUUGGGUCAGGUAGGGACUGGGGUGAGAAAGAGUCCAAAUCAAAUAGCAGCAGCGGGGGAUGGGAAGAUGAACCGAACAACAGAGGAGGUAGCUCUAUUUCAGGUGGGGAUGCAGGUGUGGGUGGUUGGGGAAGCUGGGAUGAGGAUGCUCCACGGAGAUCCUGGGGGCCGGGGGGUGGAGGGAGCGGGUCAGGAUCAAUCAGCAUUACUGGUUCCAAAUCCCAUCAAAGUUGGAGUGGAGGAAAUAAAAUGCAUCAGAUGCCAAACAGCCAAUCGGGCUCCAUCACAGGCCUUCAGGCACAACUGCAACAGCAACAAUCACAACCCCGUAAUCAGCCUCCACAGCUGCAGCAAGCAUUGGACCAAGGGGCUAUGCAACGGGGUGGUGGGAGAAAACCAGUCUCCCAAGUCCAGAACCAAAGCUCAGGCUGGACCUCAGGGCCCAUCCCUGCUGGUCAUGGAUUAGGUGCAAGUGGAUCUGAACCAAGUGGCUGGGAGGAACCUUCACCGCAGUCAUUAAACAGUAAACAUGAGAUAGAUGAUGGAACAUCAGCAUGGGGAGAUCCAACACAUUACAACUACAAGCCGGUUAACCUGUGGGAUAAGAACAGCAACCCUGCUGGUCAGCAGCCACAUGAUCUGGGACAAACUCAACAGCAACAGCAAGGACCUCCAGUACAGCAACAACAAGGACCAUCAGCACAGCAGCUCAGUAGACCAGCUGCAGGACUUGGAGGCAGCAGGGACUUCAACCCUGGCCAUGGACAAGGAAAAACUGCCGCAAUUGGUACCUCGGGUUGGGGUGGUACACCUCCAGCUAGUCCUACUGUUGACAAUGGCACAGCUGCUUGGGGAAAACCUACUGAUGCCCCUUCUGGCUGGGGGGACCCAGAUGAUGCUGGGGGGAAAUCAGGCUGGAGAAACCCUCCUCCCAAUCCCAUCAAAUCUGGAUCCAAGUCUAUGCAAGACGGCUGGGGGGACAAAGAAGGUUCCGUGACGGCUUCACGUCACUCAAGCUGGGAGGAAGAGGAAGAGGGUGGGGGCAUGUGGAACAGCACCGGCUCCCAGGGCAGUGGGUCAUCUUGGGGACAGGGUAGCAAUGGAGGCUGGGGACAGGGCCACACUGUCAAGAAGCCUAGCAACAAGGGUCCACUCAAGGUUGGCGGGGGAGAUUCGUGGAUGAGCCCCAUUAACAGACAAUUCUCCAAUAUGGGGCUUCUGAGUGAUGAUCCUAGUGGUCCAAACAUUGACCUGGCUCCAGGUUCCCUCCAGGAGAAAAAGAUAGAUUUAGAGAAAAGAGCCUUUGGAAUGAUGGAUUACAAUGGCGACAUGAGGAAAGGAGGAAGAGGGGGAGGGAGCAUGGCUUAUCGUUCACCUGUUUCCAAAGAGGCAGCACCUGGGGAUGCUGUUUCUUUCUAUGACAAGACCUUGCUUUUGAACAAUCAGGAUGGGUACCUUGGGGAGGAUGGUCCUUGCUCUUUGUUCACACCACCCACUGCCUACAAGCCUCAUUCUCUCUUCAAUCACACUAUCCCCUUUAGACAAGGUGGCCACAGUCUCCUUGGCAAUAGUGGAGGGAUGUCUCAGCUCAGACACCAGCCCAAUGUUCCACCCAUGAACCAGUCCCCAGGCAUACGAGCACAAGUGCCUCAUCAGUUCCUGUCACCUCAGGUGCCAGGCUCCUUGCUGAAGCAGAUGCCCCCUUCUAGCGGGAGCGUAGGGGGUGUCGGUGGUGUGGGCGGAGUGGCGGGAGUCGGGGGCGGUGUCUUUCCUCCACAGCUGUCCCCCCAGCAUAUUGCCAUGCUGAGCAGCAUCUACCCACCGCACAUCCAGUUUCAAUUGGCAUGUCAGCUCCUCCUCCAACAGCAACAGCAGCCACAACAACAGCAGCAGCAGCUUCUGCAAAACCAGAGGAAGUUUACACCGAAUGUGCGGCAGCAAGCUGACCCUCAACAACUGGCCAGGAUCAUGGCAGUGCUGCAGCAGCAGCGCCAACAGCAGCAGGUUGGGAGUUUAGGUGGCAAUGUCAAACUCUCUCCCUCCCAUCAUGGUGGAAGUGGUGCCAAAUUACCCGGGGCUGAGUCCUUGCCCCACCAAAGCCUGGCAGGAACUGUGGCUGACCUGCACCAGAAAACACUUGGACCCUACUCUGGCUUCAGUUCUGGUGUGAACCUCUCAGGUCUAGACCUGAGUGGCUCUGUGGUUGGGGGCCCUGGAGGAAUGAAGGACAUGGGUGGUCAGCAGUCUCGUUUCAAAUGGAUGAUGGAGGGGCACUCGUCCCCUGACACCUCCUCACCCGAAAAUGCAUUCCACAAAAAUGGCCCUGUCACCCCCAUGAAGAUGCCAGGGGGCUCACCCUACUCGCAGUACGACAUGAUUGUUGGAGACCCGCAGGGUAACACCAACUGGCAUCGCACACCUGGCAACAAGCUGAGUACCAAGCAGACCACCACACCCAGCUGGCCCCCCGAGUUUCAGCCCGGUGUUCCCUGGAAGGGAAUAGAUCGUGUUGACCCCGAAUCUGACCCCUACAUGACCCCAGGGGGCAUGAUGGCAAACUCCGUGUCUCCUGGCCUCAAUGACACUGAGCACCAGUUGUUACAAGACAAUACUGAUUCCAUCCCUCCCCUCAACACCUUACUGCCUUCGCCUGGUGCCUGGCCCUACAGUGCCUCAGAUCCCCUUAACAACGCACACAACUCAGCAAAGUACACAGACUACAAGACUGGAUGGCCCCCUGAGCCCAUUGGCCACAAGUCCUGGAAAGCCAGUCGUGGCAGCAGCCAGUCUCAGCUGUCCCGCCCUCCUCCAGGCUUAGCCAGUCAAAAGCAGCUAACAACUACCCCGUGGUUAGGCGGCACACCCCGACUGGCGGGUAGAGGCUGGGGGAGUGGUUCAGCCACUACUGGCUCGGCCUGGAGUGAUGGCAGUUCCCGGGAAAGCUGCUGGUUGGUGCUCAGUAAUCUAACACCACAGAUUGAUGGCUCUACACUCCGAACCAUAUGCAUGCAGCAUGGCCCCCUGCUGACCUUUCACCUCGGCCUAACCCAGGGCACUGCUCUCAUCCGCUAUGGCUCCAAACAUGAAGCAGCCAAGGCCCAGAGCGCCCUUCACAUGUGCGUUCUCGGCAACACCACCAUCUUGGCGGAGUUUGUGAGCGAGGAGGAUGUGGCCCGCUACAUUGCACAUUCCCAGGCAGGAGGUUCCGGGAACGGAGGCGCCAGCACCGGCUCCGGCACCACACCUACACCAUCCUCUACGGUGGGCACUAACAGUAGCGGGGCCACCUGCGAGCUAAGUGGAGUCGGGGGCGGCAGCAGCGGAGGAGUCGGCGCAGAGGGAGGCUCCACGCCAGGAGCCGCUCUACCAGCGGCAGCCGGGCAUUCCGAAUCCACUUGGCAGAGUCUGGACAGCACAGGCAGCUCAUCGGACCAGACCGCGCCACCGGCGCCCGGAUUGGGUAUCUUCACUCAGUGGAGCAGCAACAGUUCUGCGGCGGGUGGAACUGCGGGUGUGGAGGCAGGAAGGCAGGGUCUGUGGGGGGGUAUGAGUGGCGCAGGGUACCCCGGUAGUAGCCUGUGGGGGUCGCCAGCACUUGAAGAUCGUCAUCAGAUGGGCAGCCCGGCGUCCCUGCUGCCGGGAGACCUCCUUGGCGGGGGUGGCGACUGACAACGCGAUCAUGUUGAAAGUCACAUGUCACGUUCUUAUUUAUUUACACGUACAAAUGAUGUGAAUAGAAGCUACACUGGCCACCCGACAUGCAGGCUACAUGCAAUACAUCGCUCAUGCGUUUGUUUCCUAACGUGUAAUCAUCGACCUUAAAUGAAGACCACAGCGAAACUUGAAGCAGAGGACUGAACCCGGGUUCCAGUUCUGUCUUUUUACUCCGCAUCUCAUCAUAUUGCUCCAUCACUCAGGCAUGUACUGUAAAACUGGGGCUCCUCGAGUCCCGCGUGUCCACACGUUAACUCUUUAACUCUCGUCUCCUUCCUCGUAUUUAAUGUCAAAUGUCAGCAUUCGGACUUGCAGACUGAGCCUUCUUAGACCUGGUGUGUUUCUCCUGUUCAGAAAGCUUGAAAGCGACAAAAGGAUCUGUUGCAAACGGGGGACAGCGACUCGCUAUCGGGUCACCCGGACCUGUGGCGAAAUAGAAAAAAAAAAAAAAGGAGCGUUUCUACUCGGUACUGACACCUCGCUACCUUGGCGGAUCAACAUGGCGUCCCCGGGGGUUAAAAAGCAAAGCAAAACAAAAAGAACAUUAGCCAAACUUGCACUAAUGCCUCUGGGUUUGUCAUCGACACAUCUGAUACAAUCCCUUCCCAACUCAACACCCACCUUACGGGACGGGACGUCUUCUAAUGUUACAUCAGCAGUGGCCUUGGUCCACCUGCCCACACACACACACACACACACACACCAGUUACACACACCAGUUACACACUGCUCUUACAUUUAACAAGCAAAACUCUUCUCUCUUCUCUUGUGGAUGUACAUGAGUUGUCUCUUUGAAGAGAAACGUGAAACUUUGUAGAGAAAUCUUUUUGUUCCCCAUUCAAACACUGACCUCGCUCUUGUAUUAUUUUUUUUCUUACUCAAAAAAAUCAACUUGGUUAUUAUUCUAUAUUGUCUUGAUUGUUAAUGACUAUGAUCACUUAGCGACUCGCUGUUCAAGGUGUGUGUGUGUGUGUGUGUGUGCGUGCAUGACAGCAGUGUUGCCGGUAUGACCGAAUGGAAGAUGGCGGAAACGUGACAAUAUCAGGAGUGUCUGUGUGUUAUUGCUACAAUGUUGAAUGUUUUUGUUGUCCGUGAGAGAUUAACGAUCAGUGUAUGUGUGCACUUAUCUGCUUCAGUCAGGGAAGUGAAUAGAUGUUUAUCUGACAGCUUGGCUUUUUUUGUAUGAGUGUAUGUUUGCGUGCGCAUGUGUGUGUGUGUGUAUGCGUGUCUGUAUGUGUGUUCGCUUGACCACCAGACAUUGUGAUAUCUAAAAAGUUCAAAAACAUUGGCACUAUUACUUGUCUUUUUUUUUCAGCAUUAUGUGUGUUUUUGUUCCCUGUCAAAAUGCAAUUCAAGGAGAAUUUAGUUUUUAACGACGAAGCAACCAACUGAAAGCAUUUCUUAUUAAAAUGUCCAAAUCCUACCAUACCAAGCUGAGCUGGAAAACAGUGUUUUUACAGACACGUUAAAAGACAUUUAGCUGUAAUGUUUUACUUGUUUGCUUUCAUGUUAUGUAUCGAUUUAAAUUAAGUCUGUCUUUAUUAUCACUCCUGUUCAGGAUGUUGUUCAUUUAUUUCAGAUGUUACCAAAAGGAGAGGAAUUUAAUUUAAAGUGGAAAAGAACAAGAUAAUAAAGGUUCAAAUGCA